CAAGAUUUUCUCCUUGUUUUUCUCAAACCCCUCUUCGUAUACUUCCAUAUUUGGUAUAUCCAUAUCCAUAGUACAUCCAACACUGUUGCUUUUUUUGUUUUUUAGUUUUUUUUUGUAUCACCAAAUUACUCCUCUCCUUGGAGUUCCAAAUUUUGAAACUUUGAGGUCUGAUUUCUGGGUUUGAAAUGGCGUCGCCGGAAGAGCAAACCAUUCUGGUUACCGGUGGAGCUGGGUUCAUAGGCACCCACACCGUCGUCCAGCUUCUCAAUGAGGGUUUCAAGGUCUCAAUCAUUGACAAUCUUGAUAAUUCCGUCGUUGAAGCCGUCGAUAGGGUCAGGGAUUUGGUGGGUCCUCAGCUUUCUCAGAAACUCGAGUUCGUCAAGGGUGAUCUGAGGAAUAAGGAGGAUUUGGAGAAGCUUUUCUCUAAAACAAAGUUUGAUGCCGUUAUCCAUUUUGCUGGCCUUAAGGCUGUUGGAGAGAGUGUUGCUUUUCCACGUCGUUAUUUUGACAAUAAUUUGGUUGGUACUAUCAAUCUGUAUGAGGUCAUGGCAAAAUAUAACUGUAAAAAGAUGGUGUUCUCAUCCUCAGCAACAGUUUAUGGCCAACCUGAAAAAAUACCAUGUGUUGAGGAUUUCGAGUUAAGGGCUAUGAAUCCUUAUGGAAGAACCAAGCUUUUCCUUGAAGAAAUUGCUAGAGAUAUUCAGAAGGCAGAACCAGAAUGGAGAAUUAUUUUACUGAGGUACUUCAAUCCUGUUGGGGCUCAUGAAAGUGGUAAAAUUGGUGAAGAUCCAAAAGGAAUCCCCAACAACCUCAUGCCUUACAUACAGCAAGUGGCUGUGGGCAGAUUGCCUGAACUUAACGUGUAUGGCUAUGACUAUCCGACAAAAGACGGCAGCGCAAUCCGAGAUUAUAUCCAUGUUAUGGACUUGGCUGAUGGUCAUAUUGCUGCUCUUAGGAAGCUUUUUACAACUGAGGACAUAGGUUGUGUUGCCUACAAUUUGGGGACUGGUCAGGGCACCUCUGUCCUCGAAAUGGUUGCUGCAUUUGAGAAGGCUUCUGGCAAGAAAAUCCCCAUCAAACUAUGCCCAAGAAGACCAGGAGAUGCUACAGCUGUCUAUGCCUCCACAGAUAAAGCUGCAAAAGAACUUGGCUGGAAGGCAAAAUAUGGCGUAGAAGAGAUGUGCAGGGACCAAUGGAAGUGGGCAAGCAACAAUCCAUGGGGAUACCGAAAGCCCCAAUGAUCCUUGCUUUUUAUGAAUAAACCAUGGAAACUCUUUUAACUCAGUUUCACAAAGGGUUCAAAUAACAUUUCUUAAUUGUACCAACUAUUUCAUUAAUAAAUCAUUUAAAAGUAC